AUGGCCCCUCCGACUCCCUCCCAUCGCCCGCGCAAGAAGGGAAAGUUCUCUACUACCCCCGGCUCCAACAAUAAUCUAAUCGUCGAUACGGGAGAUGGAAAAUCAUCGCCGGCAUUUCCUCUCGUUUCAUUCCUCUGGGCUGCGCGUGCUGGGGUCUCACAAUGGCUCAUAUUGCCUCUCACACUCAUGGCAGUCGGCCUGUUUCGAUGGGCUGUCAGUCUAUGGGGUUAUUCUGGCUUCCAAGUACCUCCGAUGCACGGUGACUUCGAGGCGCAAAGGCAUUGGAUGGAACUCACCACCCAUCUGCCCAUGUUCCAAUGGUACCUCUUCGACCUACAAUACUGGGGCCUUGACUACCCACCCUUGACCGCAUAUCACAGCUGGCUGCUUGGCAAGAUCGGUUCCGCCGUUGAUCCUGCGUGGUUCGCACUGAACGAUUCUCGCGGGUUUGAGGACCCCCAUUUGAAGGUGUACAUGCGCGCCACUGUCGUCGUAUCCGAGUACCUGAUCUACAUCCCGGCCAUUGUCAACUUCCUCCGUCGUUAUACUCGGAUGCAGGGCGUCCAUGCCUGGUCCUCCUCGAUUGCUCUGGUGGCAGUCCUCAUGCAGCCAGCGACCAUUCUCAUCGACCACGGACACUUCCAAUAUAAUACUGUUAUGCUCGGAUUGGUGGUAGCCAGCCUCGAUGCUAUCCUGGCUGGGCGGAUGCUCUGGGCGUGCAUCUUCUUCGUGGGUGCAUUGGGGUUCAAACAAAUGGCCCUCUACUAUGCGCCUGUGAUGUUCGCCUACCUUCUGGGUGUCUGCGUAUUCCCCCGGAUCCGCGUCCUUCGGCUUAUCAACAUAUCUCUCGUCACAGUGGCCGCUUUUGCUUUGCUAUUUGCUCCGCUCACGAUUGGGGCGACGGAUGCUGAAGCUCGAAAAGCACUUGCGUCGGCGCCCCAACCUCCCAUGUUGCAAGCGCUACAGAUCUCGGUGGAGAAGAACUCUGUGGUAUACGCGCUGCUAUUCCAGCUGGCGCAAACCAUCCAUCGCGUGUUUCCUUUUGCGCGCGGUCUCUUCGAAGACAAAGUCGCCAACGCUUGGUGCGCUAUCCACACGUUUUACAAGCUCACCCGCUUCGAUACGUCGCUACUGCAAUGGGCUUCGCUGGGAGCCACGUUGGCCUCGAUUACUGUUCCUUGUGGUAUCAUUUUCCGCCAUCCGCGCGCAUCACUUCUCCUCCCUGCUCUUUCGUGCGUUUCUUGGGGGUUCUUUUUGUUCUCUUUCCAGGUUCACGAGAAAAGCGUACUGCUACCCCUGUUGCCUAUGACACUUCUGCUUGCCGGUGACGGCGGGUUGAGCAAGGAGAAUCGCGCGUGGGUGGGUUGGGCUAACGUGCUUGGUUCGUGGACCAUGUACCCGCUCCUGAAGCGGGAAGAGCUACGCGUUCCCUACUUUGUCAUGACCCUGCUUUGGGCAUACCUCCUUGGUCUCCCUCCGACUUCGUUCGAGACAUAUCGGAGCCGGGGAACAUCAGAGGGGUCCAGCCCGCAUUUCGAGCCUUACCUUCUCACCAAAAUCGUCCAUUUCGGCUUCUAUAUCGCCAUGAUAGUGUGGCAUAUUCUCGAAGCGUUCGUGGUUCCACCGGCCAGCAAGCCGGAUCUGUGGUUUGUGCUGAAUGCAUUGAUCGGGGCUGGCGGGUUUGGAAUUGCCUAUCUAUGGUGCAUGUGGAAGUUGGUCACCCAGUGCCGUCGAAUUGAUCGUCGGGCAGCCGAAGAAGACAGUCGGAAGAAAAAGCAGUGA